AGCGCGGGCACGAGCGCAGGUGCCGGGAGGAGUGGGACCCGCGGCGAUUAGACCACGCGGCGGUCCUGGCGGCGGGGGCCCAGGGAUGCCGCGGCUCCUCUGCGUGUGUCUGCUGUGGCUGGGGCUCCUGUUAGUUUGGCUCUCCCGUGAGCUGAGCGAAUUCAGCAGAGCUAGGAGACUGUGCGGCAGGCACCUCCUGAAGGAAAUAAUAAAACUCUGUGGCAAUGUCAACUGGAGCUACUUCGAGGAGGAAACCCCCAUGCCACCGCUGUUUCCCCAGGACAACGAGAUUGAAACCUUCAUCCCCGACCGGUCGGAAAGCUCCCAAACCACUUUUCUGGCUUGGGCGAGAGGCACGAACCCAGUCUCUACUUCUGCCUCUGAGGAAGACGUGAUAAACAGUUUGAAGAUGUCACUGCCUGAGUAUAGAUAUACAAGGGCCAACCUGCCACCUAAUGAGACAAGAGAAUUUUCCUCAUCACAAGAUAACAAUCAGUAUAUUCAUGAAAUUUCAGAAUUUCAGAAGAAAAAUACAAACAAAAUUAAAACCCUAAGCAAUGUGUUUUGGGAUCAUCCCCAAAGAAAACACAGAGGAUACUCAGAAAAGUGUUGUCUUAAACGAUGUACAACAGAAGAACUCAGUAUUGCCUGUUUUCCAUAUAUUGAAUACAAAAACUUACAUAAACAAGUACCAUCAUUUGUGACUGGGAUAUACUAACCAUCAUAGGAAUUAUACUAACUUAAUAAAAGCUUAAUGUAUUUAUUUU